AGAAGUAUUUACCAAAACUAAUUGUGACUCACUCGCACUUGUUUUACCAUGCUUUACGUCAGCUUCAUGAAAUUACUUCAAGUUUUGAUUGGUUCACCCUUUAUUGUCUGUGUCCUUUGUGAUCGGCUAGUCUAAGAGUAGUUUUACAAGAGUCACUUUAAAACUGCCCUGAAGAAAUAUAUUAAAUAAAUAUUUUUACUGUUAGAUUCCUGAGUUAAUUAGACUUCUGAUUCUGUUUUUACAGCUUACAGACUGAAUAGGGUUAACACAGAAUGGAUGGUAACAACAAAGCCCUACGCUUCACCAUUGAAAUCUUCAGUGCCCAAUUUGUGACUGCAGGACGUUAUUUCCUUAUACUGCGAAUCAUAGGAAGCAAAGUUAAUCGCUCAAAGUUGAAACUUUUUGUGGGUAAUUCAAAAUUACCUUUGGAAGAUCAUGAGUUUACCACAGAUGCCUGUUUAGAGGAUGGUGAUCCUGAAACCUUUGCAUCUUUCACAGAUUCAGUAAUCUCAUUUUGGAUGCCUCCAGAGAGUGCUGAUGGAGACAUUCAACUUGUGGUGGAAGCAUUUCGACUUCCAGAGAAUCCCAUGCAUGAAGGAGACAAGUAUGGAGAGGCUGUGUUUAAUGUAUUUCCAAGAAGGGGUGCUAUUUUCUCUGCAGUGGAACGGACAACACCACCACCUGAAGAUUCCAGUGAGCUGUAUCAGUUUGAGACCAAUAUUACUUUAAGUCAAGUACAGGAAGGUGAAGGAUUUUGGAUCAACUCUGGUGUCAUAAGAACUUCUUUGAAACUUAAAUAUGAAGAACCUGAGCAAACAAGUAAGUCUUUAUUUUGUUCAAAGGGAGAGAAGUUUUGUUGCAGACUAUGACAAUAGCUGAAGUAGAAAUAGAUUGCUGGACAUAUCAUUAAAAGAUGAUAUAUAUAAUUUCUCAUGCAGUUUAUUAUAUUGUAAGGUGGACAAUACAUUUGUAUAUUUUCAGCCUACAGGUGAUAGUGUAGUACUUAGCUUGCUCGUAAAUAUUGUUGU